AUGGCUCAAACUACGUCGUCCUCUUCACCAUCGGCGCCGGGUGAACGCUACGCCACUGCUCGCGAAUCUUGCGCCGCACCUACACCACAGGAGCUACUGUGCGGAGACAACAAGACAACUGCGCCUCCCGCGUCUCGUUCGUUCCCCGACGACGAACAACCUCCCACCACACUGCCCGAACCAUCAACUACACAACUGGUGAGCCUGCUAGUCCUCAGCAACGACCACCUUGCAUCCACGCCCGAGCAUACUAAAGAAUCGGCAUGCACUCCACCCCCACCCGAGUUACAUGACGUCCCCAGUCCAAGCCGUGGAGAUGACUCAGCAGCGAGCCAUGCCUUGACGGUUGUCGAGACGCAUAUCAGUCCACCUGUUACGAGUGAAAUCCUGCGGCAACACUGCGGUGAGACUGGUCCGCCAGUUAUCACGUGCACUGCACUUCCCAGCUACGCCAGCGUCUUUCCCCUGGAGCCCUUGUCGCCUGCCCCCUCUCGCAGCACACGUUCAACGCCCCUGCGGGAGUCUGAGAUACCAAGAGGCGGAGUGGAAGAGUCUCUGCUUCAUUACUAA